GGGUAAAGAGGAGUGAGGAACGGGUGUCGUCUUCUUCCACCGGAGAUGGAGAAAUAAGCCGACGAAGUUUUUUUUUUUUUAAGUGGAACAAAAAAAAAAAAAAAACAGUAAUCGUCGGACAACCGAAGCGAAAUCCCUAAUUUCCCAACACGAAACACCAAUUUCCCCAUUUCGAAACACAAACACGGUCUGUGAUUACCUGAGCUUCCUGGUUAAAAGAGUAUGGUUAUUGGAUGAUCAGAUAUCGUUUGCAAGAGCCUCAAUCAAUGUCAGACGCUAGAGAUAAUGAUGACCGUGUGGAUUUCGAGGAGGGUAGCUACAGUGAGAUGGAGGAUGAAGUGGAGGAGGAACAAGUAGAAGAGUAUGAAGAGGAGGAAGAAGAAGACGAGGAUGAUGAUAACGCUGGCAAUCAGAAUGUCGAAGAACAUGAGGAGGAGGAUUAUGGUGAUACAAAAGGAGGGGAUAGGGAAGAUGACCAGGAGGAAAUAGCUGAAGAUGAUGACAACCAUAUUGAUAUCGAGACAGCUGAUGAUGAUGAUGAUGAGAAACCAGCUUCUCCUAUUGAUGAUGAAGUAAAGGAAAAGUAUUCCCAACUUCUUUCACUUCCUCCUCAUGGUUCUGAAGUUUUUAUUGGCGGGCUCCCAAGGGAUGUUGGAGAAGAGGACCUGAGGGACCUUUGUGAAGAAAUGGGCGAGAUCUUUGAGGUGAGACUGAUGAAAGAUAGGGAUUCUGUGAUUACCUGA